AUGGACUUUUUUUCAUCAUUAGGGGAUCACUAUCGUUUUCUGUUUGGAAAGUAUGCAGGAUGGGCACAGUCGGUAAUCUUUUGUUUUGCUUGCUUGUUUGUUUUUUCCUUUUGUAUAUGUGAAUAAACAAGCAGCAAUGAUUUAUCAAGCUUAAAAUGUGAGGUGGUGCAGUCUGUUUUAGAUAUUAAUGCCUUGAAAAUCUCUCUGCUUGAUCAGUUCUUUUUUCCAACUUUCAUUGGGAUUUGUCCAGUGUUUUUGUUUUGUCUUGUUUCUUGUUUGUUUGCUUGUUUGUUUGUUUUUUUAAAUUAAAGUCCAAGACCAUUGCAUACCUCAAUCGUUUUUGACCAGCUGCAAAAUUAGUUUUGGCUCAGUUGCAGCAUUAUUUUUCCUCUAAGUUGUCUAGAACUCGAAAUCUUCUAUUUUGACGCCUUUAAGAUAAAACUUGCUCAUUCAACUCCCAAGGGCCGUAACGAUGAUUUAUGUCAGUUUGCUUCACUCCUAACAGUUCUUAAAGAAAAAAAAUUCAAGCCAAGUCAAGUUAUUUUCAAUUGCAAGGCCAACUGCCUCUCAUGGCAAACACAGUUUGCUUGGAAUUUGCCUCACUUUCUUACCAGAAACACCAGGGUUUGUACAGGGGGUAGGCAUACGUGCAAAUGCUGUCGUCGUGACUGACAUUUCCACAUUGAUAAGUUGUCUUACCCAUGGAGUUACUUUUGCGUGUGCGCUCUACUAGCAAAAUCAUAAAUGUUCUGGUCAAUUCUUCCAAACUCAAACAUUUUGGUAAAAACAAGCAAAAGCCACCCCUGUUUUGCAGAGUAAUUAUAUUCAUGCUGGCUCAAUCUGUUUUGUUGGCAGGUUCUCUUUACAUCUCAUUUAAAGAAAUUUGAAACUGAAAACCUUGACAUAAAACGAAAGAAGCAGUCUAAAUCUAAUAAGGUAAGCGCUUGCAACAUUACUGAGUAAAACAUAGUAGUAUAAUUAAAAAUGGCCUGUAGAAGACACAAUGCAUAAGUGCAGACGCAAUCAUAACAUUUUAUAUAUUUUUUGUUUUAUGUUUUUUGUAGGCUUACGUUGACUUGACAUAAAACUCUUAUUCUUGCUUGCUCUGGGGAGCAUUUGGACACAAUGGUCUAUGCAAAAUUUAGGGAGCAAACGGAGUGUAUUAUGAGGGACUCGAAAAUAGAUAAUAAAAUCGAUUGAACUCAAUAUGUGGUAAAAUCUCUUUUUUUUAACCCUGUUCAAACAAAGGCACGCUCGUAGUGAAUCUCUGCAAUGCACUGCAAGCUGACUACGCACUAAUCGAACCUCACUCCCAAAGACCAAUUCUAUUGGGCAAUUUAAAAGGGAAAUUAACCGUAAAACAGUAGUAAAAACAGUAGUAGUGUUAAUUUAUUAUACAAAGUAUACUGCAUUCAAGCAUAAUUAUUUAAAAUAUGUCUACUAUUGUCUGACUUAGCAUCAUAUUUAACGAGUUUCAACAACAUUCGCGUUGUGUUGUCGGUAUUGUAUUGGGACCUUAAGCAAAGUACGAAGAGGGAGGACGGUGGCGAAAACGUUCCGUAAAAAGUGAAUUUACGCCGUUUCAAAAUUCAUUGCUCUUAUUCCAUGUCAUUCAAUUUGUCAGAUGUUAAUGAAUUUUUCUGGAGUUGAAUUCUAAAAGCUGUAUCUGACUUUGAAAAAAAGAAAGAGAAGAAAAUCGUUAUUUUGUGUUCACUUGCUCCACAAAACGUGAAUUUAGGCAUUUUCAUGUUGUUGUCUUGCAAGGACGGCAGAGAAAUUACAAAAAAGCGUGAUGCAAGUGCAAAGGUUUGUUUUGCUAAUCUAAACCUAUUGCUAUUAUGUUGUUCCCAUUGCGGUCGUCGUCGUCGUCGUUGUGUAGGUCGAACAACAAUUGAUGGUUUUCUUUUUGAGCCAAAACUUUAGAGAAAAGCUUAUUUGUCGUUCACAAUGACCUGUCCGUUCGGCCAGUUCUGACUUCUGUAAGCGCACUUAGUGUAGGGAAUAUUCGAAAAAUGGAUUUUGUGUUUUCUACGUCCAUAGCAUAAUUAUAAUUUCAUGAUUUGUUUUUUCUGCAGAGAAGUGUGGAAACAGAAUCCAGUUCAAUGAGCAGCCCUCAGCCGUCAACAGCAAAGAAACGAAAAUGUAAAUAG